GGCAGGCUCAAAGAGCCAGCAUUCUCUCACUGUGAGAGCCAGCCCAGCCAGCACGUACUGUACGGGUUACAGUUAACAAGAACAAUCGUAUGUUCUGUCAAGCCCACUGCUGUCAGGGAUACUAGUUCCAGAGACCUGACCAGAAGAACUACGAUGGACCUUUUCGAGUUUGACUUCUUCAGAGACUGGGAAUUAGAGCAAUCGUGUCACUACGAACAGGAUCGGAAUGCGCUGCGGAGGAAGGAAUGGGAAAGACGGAACCAGGAAGUCCAUCAAGAUGAGGACCUGUUUGCUGCAAGUUUUAAUCUGUUCAGUGAACCUUACAAGACCAGCAAGGGUGAUGCUCUUUCCAACCGUGUGCAGAGUACAUUAGGGAACUACGAUGAAAUGAAGGAUCUGUUAACGAACCGCUCGAACCAGAGUCACCUAGUGGGGAUCCCCAAGUCUUUGAUUCCGCAGACACCUGUCGAGAAAAUGGAGCAGAGUUUCUUCACCGAGCCCAGAACCAAAAUAGCCUCGUCCCACCAAAGCAGUAGUCAUUCCUCAUCGUGCAUGCCUCCGCCUUCUUCCUCUUUAUCAUUGAAUUCAACAUUGCUGCACGGGCACCAGAGCAACAAGAAGUCCCGGAUGGAGUGGCCUCGCAACGGACAUGGUUCUGGGAGUGGGCACAGUGUGCAAUCCAUUGGCCAGUCCAACAAUCAGCAGAACCGAGGAAAGCAUGAACAAGCCCAGGACCGGUACAGUGACCUGUACAGCAAUCAGACUGAGCAGCACAAAGGUGAUCACCAGGCUAUUAUUGAUGAUUGCGUUAAGUCACAGUCACCCAGUCCCAGUACCACUUCCCGUUCCAAAAGACACAGCCAUUCCAAAUCCAGCAGUGGAGAUCAUGCCUACAAAGAGAGCUGCCACAUAAAGUCUCCAGUUGACAGUGACACUGCUCUCCAUUCUUCGGGGUCCCCAGCUCCUUCAACAUCCCUGAUACCCUGUAGCAGUGCACUCUCCGCUCAGAAUUUCCCCCCGGGACUUUAUUCCAAGUCAAGCAUGCUGCAGCAGAAGCCCACUGCUUACGUGAGACCAAUGGAUGGACAAGACCAAGUUCCUGUUGAGUCGCCUGAACUAAAGCCACUAAUGGAGAUGGAUGAUGCUUUUAGCAGCCAGCUGUUUGGCAGCCUUCUGGAUGGAAAACCCAGCACAGCAAGUACAAAGUGCAAGUUACCAAAGCUGACAAUCCCUCAACCUGGUGAAGUCAGCCUUUCCAACGAGACCAGCUGCGUGGAAGAAAUAUUACGGAGCAACCUAUAAUCCAGGGAAGCCUUAGGUCAGG